GCCGACCUGAUGGCUGUUACUGAGGUCCCUAGUGUCUCCCCAUCUCCCACCUCGGAGGGUACAACACAGAGGUCUACACUGGUCUCCACGGACAUAGCGGUGCUUGUCAUUUAUUUUGUGCUUGUGUUGGCUGUGGGACUCUGGUCUAUGUGGAAAACCAAGAGAAGCACAGUAGAUGGAUAUUUCCUGGCAGGGAAGGACAUGACAUGGUGGCCAGUUGGCGCCUCACUGUUUGCCAGUAAUGUGGGCAGCGGGCAUUUCAUCGGUCUGGCAGGGUCGGGUGCGGCAGCUGGAAUCGGGUCUGUGGCUUAUGAAUGGAACGGGAUGCUGAUGGUGCUGCUCCUUGGCUGGCUCUUUCUUCCCAUUUACAUUGCCUCAGGGGUGACGACCAUGCCUGAGUAUCUGAGGAAACGAUUUGGAGGGAAGAGAAUACAGUUGUUUAUAGCUGUUUUAUACUUAUUUAUUUACAUUUUCACCAAAAUAUCGGUGGAUAUGUAUGCUGGAGCAGUGUUCAUUCAGGAGGCUCUGCAGUGGAAUAUCUAUCUGGCUGUUGUGCUACUGCUGGCCAUCACUGCUGUUUACACAAUAGCAGGUGGUCUGGCUGCAGUGAUCUACACUGACGCUGUGCAGACUCUGAUUAUGCUGAUUGGAGCUUUGAUCCUCAUGGGAUUCAGUUUUGCGGAGGUUGGGGGCUGGCAGGGUCUCAUGGACGGCUACGCUACUGCCAUCCCCUCCAUCAGGGACCCCAACACCACCUGCGGAAUCCCGCGAGAGGAUGCAUUUAAUCUGUUCAGAGAUCCCGUGACCUCUGAUCUCCCCUGGCCAGGCGUGCUGCUGGGUAUGUCUGUACCCUCCAUGUGGUACUGGUGCUCUGAUCAGGUGAUUGUGCAACGAUCCCUGGCCUCCAAGAACCUUCUCCAUGCCAAAGGAGGCUCUCUGCUCGCUGCGUACCUCAAAGUUCUGCCUUUUUUCAUGAUGGUACUACCAGGCAUGAUCAGCAGGAUACUCUUUCCAGAUGAAGUGGCCUGUGCAGAUCCAGAUGUGUGUAAAGCAGUAUGUGGAAAUUCAGUGGGAUGUUCUGACAUUGCUUAUGCCAAGCUGGUCAUGGAACUCCUACCUGCAGGUUUACGGGGCCUUAUGAUGGCUGUCAUGCUGGCUGCUCUCAUGUCCUCGCUCACCUCCAUCUUUAACAGCUCCAGCACUAUCUUCACCAUGGAUCUGUGGAGACACAUCCGCUCCAGAGCCACUGAGUGGGAGCUCAUGAUUGUAGGCAGGGUGUUUGUGUUGGUGCUAGUUGUAGUGUCUAUACUGUGGAUCCCCCUGGUCCAGGCCAGUCAGGGAGGACAGCUCUUCAUCUACAUCCAGUCCAUUAGUAUCUAUCUGCAGCCCCCUGUCUCAAUAGUCUUCCUCGCCGGCUGUUUCUGGAAGAGAACCAAUGAGAAGGGGGCAUUCUGGGGUCUGCUGCUGGGGCUGAUAGUGGGCGUGGUGCGGAUGAUUCUGGAUUUCGUGUACCCAGUGCCUCUGUGCUACGAAGAGGACACUAGACCAGACAUCAUUAAAUAUGUGCACUACCUUUAUUUUUCCAUCAUCUUGUCACUGAUCACACUGGGCAUUGUGGUGGGUGUGAGUCUGGCCACUGAGGAACCCUCCCCUCAACAGAUAACCCGUCUAACAUGGUACACAAGAUUUGAUCCAGUGGAGAAGAAAGAGGAGACUGUGGUUGGUGAGAUGACCACAGUUGAACACGAGGAGAAGAGAAGUGGAAAGGCGGAGCAGCAGAGAAAAAAUUCCAGCAGUUCGGAGCUCAGCACGAAGAGCACGUCCAGGCUGAAGUCUGUCCUGCUCUGGCUCUGUGGAAUGGAAAAGCAGAAGGAAGGAGCAAAGGCCUCUCCACCCCCGACUGAAGCAGUGGUCUGUUCCUUGGAAGAAGACCCCUGUCUGAAGAACGUGGUAAAUGCCAAUCUUAUCGUCUGUUUGUCGGUGGCAGUCUUCCUCAUCGCCUACUGGGCAUGA